CGCGCCCGCAGCUCGGUGUCGCGGACACAUUGCGUGUAUGUGUGAGCAGAUCAGAGACAGACAUCAGGAUGGGACGAUGUAACGAUCUGCUCCAUUUUCUCUGAAACACCGCGUCCUCUCCGCUCCCCUUUUUCCCGGGAAAAUGGCGACGGGGGCUGGCUGGCAGCCUCCGUACAACCCCCCCACCACCUCCAGCUCCAAAUACACCACCUCCCUCUCAUCCAGCAUCUACGACGGAGGACUGACGCUGGAAUACACACAAGACCUGCACCUGAAGAUGAGCAAGAAGAUCGCUCAGCUCACGAAGGUGAUUUAUGCUUUGAACACAAAGAACGACGAGCACGAGGAGGAGAUCGAGUCUCUGAAAGACGCUCAUGAGGACGAGGUCCAACACAUCGUGACAGAAACCAGAGACAAGAUCAUGCAGUACAAGAGCAAGAUGGUGGACGAGGCCGACCUGAGGCGGAGGCUGGCCAGUCUGGAGGAGUCUGUGGAGCUGCACGAGCACAUGAAAAGACAGGCGCUGGCAGAGUUCGAGAUGUACCGUCAGAGGAUGGAGGACUCUCAGCUCUGCACGGAGGCUCAACACACACAGAGGGUGGUGUCUAUGAGCAGAGAGGUGGAGGAGAUGCGUCGGGACUUUGAGGAGAAACUGCGCUCCUUCAGCUCGGCCCAGGCUCACUUCGAGGCGGAGAAGCGGCGGGCGCUGGAGGAGAUGCGGAUGACGCACCGUCAGGAGGUGGAGGAGCUCCUCAACAACCAGCAGAACCAGAGCGCCUCCUCCACAGAGGACCAGGAGAAGCUGGCCGAGCUGCACCGUCAGGAGGUGGAGGCCCUGAUGGAGCGGGUGGAGGAGCUGACGAAGGAUAAAGUGCGCCUGGUGGAGGAGUUUGAGGCCAAACUGGCAAAGGCUCAGGAGUACUACGAGAGGGAGCUGGAGGCCAUGAGGAGGACUCACCAGCUCACCACCGAGAACCUGCUGGCCUGGAAGAGGACAGAGGUGGAGCUGCGUAAAGAGUUCCAGGCUCAGGAAGCGGCCUUGCAGCGCUCGCUGUCCAAACUGAGGAGCGAGCUGCAGAAAGCGCAGGAGGAGGCGAGAGAGAACCGGGACAAGACCAACCGACUGCAGACGUCGCUCGCCAACGCAGAGGGCACCAUCAAGAACCUGCACAAGCAGCUGGAGGAGGCGAUCCAGGACGGGGAGAUCUGGGUGAUGCAGCUGAAGGACACAGAGUAUGAGCUGGAGGGCAGCAGAGAGAGAGUCCAGCAGCAGGCCACAGAGAUCCUGCACAAAGCCAGUCAGAUCGGCUCGCUGCAGGCCACUCAGAUGUCCCACGAGGCCACCAUCAGGAACCUGGACCAGGAGCAGAACCGCCUGAAGGAGAAGAUCGGCCGCCUGGAGGAGGAGAGGGAGGUGCUGCUGAAUCAGAGCCAGUCAGCCAAUGAGCAGCACAGACAGACCGUGUUGAACCUGGAGCAGUCUCUGCGGGAGGAGCACCAGGGUUACGAGAAAGAGCUGUGCAGGCUCCGAGCUCACUACGAGGAGGAGGCGCACCGCUUCAAGGAGGCGCAGGUCAGAGCUCUGGGCGAGCUGGAGGAGAAACACCAGUCCCUGAGGGAGGAGGCGCAGCAGGAGAAGGAGGAGGAGAAGGAGCUGCUCGUGGCGAAACUGUCUCAGGAGUUUGAGAUCAAGCGUCUGUCAUUGGAGGAGCAGAGGGACCGCCUGCAGCAGCAGCUCGAUAACCUGAAGGAGGAGCUCUCAGCCAAACUCAACAUGGCUAAUCAGGAGGUGUCUCACCUCCAGGAGCUGGUGAGGGAGGGGGAGCAGAACAUGGGCUCAGCUCAGACGCAGAUCUCCUGUCUGAAGGAGACGCAGGAGAAACUGAGGACGGAGCUGGACGCUACCAGAUCCAGAGUCCGAGAGACAAGUAACCUGCUGACCGACCUUCAGGAGGAGAUCGAGACGCAGAGGCAGCAGCACGACGCCAGAGUCAUGUCCAUCAGAACGGAGGAGAAGCAGAAGAUGGACAAGAUGGCCGACGACCUGGACCAGAAGUGGAGAGACGCUCUGAGGGAGGAGGUGCGUCUGCUGAAGGAGGAGCUGACGGAGGAGUACGAGGCAGACAAACAGGCGGCGCUCAAUCAGCUGUCUCAGCAGAGGGAGCUGGAGGUGAUGGCGGCCCGGGAGAACUGGCAGAGGAAGGUGGAGGACCUGCUGGAACAGAUCUCUCUUCUCAAACAGUCUCUGGAGCUGCAGCUUUCUCAGUCUCAGUCGGCUCUGCAGCAGCUGCAGUCUCAGUUCAACCAGGAGAGGGAGCUGCUGAGCCAGCAGCUCAAAGAGAUGCAGAGGGAGCACCAGAGGAGGGAGCACCGCCUGCAGGAGGCGCACUGCUGCGCUUUGAGCACUAUGGAGGAGGCCCGACAGCACCAGAUCAGGGCCCUUGAGGAGCGUCUGAAGCAGGAACAGAGGGAGGAGGUCCACGCUCUGAAGGAGGCUCACAGGAGGACGUUUGACAUCCUGAGGCAGCAGUCGGACCAGGAGCUGCAGACGCUCCGCUUCGAGCUGGAGGACGAGGGGAAGGCCAAACUGGCGUCUCUGCGGGCAGAGCUCAACCACCUCCACGCCACGGCCAUCGAGCACCUGAAGCAGAUCCACCUGAAGGAGAACACAUCGACCAAACGGGAGCUAGAGAAGGCCAUGGAGCAGAGCCACCAGCAGGAGCAGGAGCUGCUCGUGCGGAUCUCCGACCUGCAGGCCGAGCUGUGUUCCCGUAGCAACCGCAUCACAGACCUGGACCACGAGAUCCACUCCCUGAACGAGACCAUCGACACGCUGACCAGGGAGCUGGAGCUGAAGGGCAAGGAGGUGCUGAGGGUCCGCAGCGAGGCCAACCACCAGAUCAGGGCCCACGAGCAGGACCUGACUAAGAGACACGAGCGAGACCUGGGGGAGAUGAGCAUCGUGCACCACAGAGAGACUCACAUCAUGUUAGCAGACUUUAACAAAGCCCAGGAGGUGCUGAAGGACAAGAUCUCCGCUCUGCAGAUACUGCUGGAGGGCACAGAGGAAAAACUGAGGAACCGAGAGAGCAGACCUGAAGAUCUCCACCUGAUCGCAGAGCUUAGAGAGAUGGUGACAGAGAGAGAGGCUCUGGUGAAGAAACUGGUGGACGACAAAAAGUUCUACCAGCUGGAGCUGGUGAACAGAGAGACGGGCUUCAGCAAGGUGUUCAACUCCAGUGCCAACGUGGGCGUCAUCAACCCUCUGAUCAAGCCUUCCUGAGGCCCACCGCUCGUUUCCCCCCUUUCUGAGGGGUGAGGAAGGGGGAGGAGUCAAACCUCACGCUGCACGAGAAGUAGAAAAAGAAGAAGAGCUGUACUCGCAGUACUUCUCCUUCUGAAUGCAAAAAAAAAAAACACUACAACAUUUCUAUAAAAUAAUGUGGAUGAGCGGGACAAAGAGCUGAGGUCACACACACACACACACACACACACACACACACACACACACACACACACACACACACACACUCCAUACAUGUGAGCAUCAUUCAGUUUGUACAGACGAUCAGGUCUCAUUAUUUAAUCAUCAUCAUCAAUGUGAGCUGAACAAGGAGCUGAGAGAGAAAGAAGGGGGGAGACAUGUUUAAAAUUCAGAUGUGUGAUUUAGCGUUUGUCCACAGGGGGCGCUCUUUGUGCUGGACACAUGACCUUACCUACAGAGAUAGAACAAAAUCAGAUCAUUUUAAUUACUCUGUGUUGAUAAUUGAAUAGUGUUUCCUGUGAACGUCUUUUUAUUAAAACUACAGAUAUGGCUGAUAUGAUGUCUUUAUCAUGGGAAAAACCGGUGAUGAGACCCCGAGAUAACGAGGUGAAUAAGUCGAGAUCUCAAGGAAACAAGCCCAAUGCGCUUGUUAUGACAGGAAGACAAAAUGUCUUCUUAAAACAUACACACACAGAAACACACACACACACACACACACACACACACACACACACACACACACACACAUGAGUUUUGACGACACCAGCAUCAAACAGACUUCAGCUCUUGUCCCGCUCUCUGUGUACAUACAGAGGGGAGCGUUUGAUUUACACACCAGGACACCUGAGGAGAGAGCACUUGGACUCAUGAUGUUUUUAUUCCCCUGUAUUUAUAAAAUCAGCUGUUUUUCUCCAGACACACACACACACACACACACACACACACACACACACACACACACACACACACACACACACACACACACACACACUGCUCAAUCUGACACACACACACACCUGCAGCUUCUUUUUAAAGCCAAGGAGUGUUACGCCUACCAGCUGGGGGUCUGUGUGUGUGCCGGCGUGUGUGACGGGUUAGGCCAAGCAGCAUGUAAAACACACACACACACACACACACACACACACACACACACACACACACACACACACACACACACACACUCAUCAUGCCGCUGUCUGUCACUCACUUGAAUCUCCAUCUUUGGUGUUUUUAAUGAUCUCUCUCACACCUGUACAGUUUACAGACUGCAUGGUCAUGUUCAGCCUGCGGGGGGCGCUGUGUCCCAGGCACAACUCACAUCACGUCAAGUUUCCUUCAACUGUCCGGGGACAUGUAUUUUCAAAUACCACAGAAGAAGCAGCAUGGCUUCUGCAAGUUACAGUGUACGGUCAGAAGGGGGCGUAAUAGAGCACAGUGCACACAUUACUGAUAAUCACAGAAGAAGAAGAUAAAGCUUUUUAUGGUGAUAUUUUAAAAUGUGCAUAAAUGAAGUUAAAGGAAACAUGACACAAAAAACACAAACACAGCGAUGCACGUCUUCCAGAAGUGAACCAGCUGAGUGUGUGAACGCACCGCGAUGCAUUCAGGGCUCAUAGGAUUUAUUCAGUUGUUUAUCGAUCACCAACACACACACACAGCUGGUUCACCGUCACACUGUGAACAUUUAUAUAUUGAUGCUUGAACACAGAAAUCUUUUGUUUGUUUUGUUUUUAUAAGAAGACUUCUUGUAUGUUAUUGAGUUGAUUUGAUUUUGUUUUCAUUUAUUUAUUUGAUUUUGAAAUAUUCUCUUUAUUUAACCUGCUGCUGUCGACGUGUUCUGAGAACAUGAAGCUCGUCCUGCAGGAUGCCUUCUGUCCCACAAACGUGUUCACCGAUGAUCCGUGCAUAUCGUCACGUAAAGGUUGCUGCCUCGUGUGGUCGGGAGCAGAACUUGUUGUUUGAUCAGCUGAUCGUCACUGAACCACAGAGAAUCAUUCAACAGUAAACAUGUAACAUCACACUGACCAGGGAUCAGUCCAUCUCACGUUCUGUUCAUAAACCGGACACAAACAGGAAGUCUGUGUACAUCAGAGGAACAAACAGGAAGUCUGUGUACAUCAGAGAGACAAACAAGAAGUCUGUGUACAUCAGAGAGACAAACAGGAAGUCUGUGUACAUCAGAGGGACAAACAGGAAGUCUGUGUACAUCAGAGAGACAAACAGGAAGUCUGUGUACAUCAGAGGGACAA